UGGUUUUGAUAAGGUUAUCAUACAUAUUCAUAAGACAGGAUAACUAAGCUCUGUCUAAGUAAAUAACACGCUACCCGAGAACUCUUGCUAACAAACGCGACAGACGACGAAAGCUAUUUGUAUGUAUACAACUCGAGCUCUCUUCAUUAAAUCACUGUUGUCUGAAGUCGUGUUGCUUACAGUUUGUUCAAUUUUUGCCAUUGAAGGGAGCCUAGGCGCUGGUCAUGGCGGACGAAAAUGAUGAAGCGAAGCUGCAGAAAAACAAUGAAAACAAACCAGACGAACAGAAAAAGGACAGUCAAGAGGACAAGAUGGAGAAGAAACCGGCCGGUGACGUGGAGAGCGAUACAAUGAGGUCUAGUGAUUUAGAAGAUGUGGACCUAGCAGAUGAAAUUACGGAGCCUUCGACCGCUCUUUCCCCCGAAGAGUGCAAGAAAGAGAGAUUCAAAAUCUUCAAGAACAUAAUAAUCAUUAGCUUUGGAUUUCUGUUUCUGUUCACUGCCUUUCAGUCUUUACAGAACCUGCAGAGCAGCUUGAAUCCUGAUCAAGGUCUUGGUUUAGCUUCCCUUAGUGUUAUAUACGCUGCUUUGAUUCUAUCUUGCAUGUUUGUUCCUCCAUUCAUGAUAGGAAGACUAGGCUGCAAGUGGACUCUAGUUAUCUCAAUGAUCAGUUAUGUUUUAUAUACCGUAGCUAAUUACUAUGCUCGAUGGUGGACCCUCAUUCCGGCUUCUAUACUUCUAGGAGCGUCAGCCGCGCCCCUGUGGUCAUCUAAAUGUGCUUACCUGACAACCACUGGUAUACGCUACUCCGAGCUCGGCUCUGAGGACAAAGAUUCAGUAGUGACACGGUUUUUUGGCAUCUUUUUUCUUGUGUUUCAAAGUGGACAGAUUUGGGGUAAUCUUAUCUCGUCACUGGUGCUCGACAAAGGUGGAUCUAGCUUCUUUAGAGAAGACGCAGGGGAGGUGUGUGGUGUUCACUUCUGUAAAAGCCCACCCAAACAAAACUUGACGAACGGAUCUAUAAGUUUUGAUACACUAGAGAAACCAGAAUACAGCUUAGUGUUGAAGCUGGUCAGUAUCUACCUUGGGAGCGGAGUGUUGGCUAUCUUGCUGGUCAUUGUGCUUCUUGAUCGUCUUUCUGGUCACCUGUCACGCAAGAAAGAUGAGGUAUCAGGUCUGAAGUUGCUUUUUGCUACCUUGAAUCACCUGAAAGAUCGUCGAAUGCAACUGGUUCUGCCAAUCACCUUCUUUAGUGGCAUGGAACAGGCUUUUAUAUUUGGCGACUUUACAAAGGCUUUUAUAACGUGUUCUUUGGGUAUUCACAAGGUUGGCUUCAUCAUGAUCUGUUUUGGCGUAACAGACGCACUUUUCUCCUUUCUGUUGGGAAGACUUACCCAGUACACCGGGAGAGUCGCCAUCUUCAUGAGUGGAAUGAUAGUCCAUCUGACAGUCAUCAUCCUGAUGUUGGCGUGGAGUCCUCGAGCAGAUCUGGUCUGGGUAUUCUAUGUAAUGGCUGCUUUACAGGGAUACUGUGACGCAGUUUGGCAGACACAGAUUAACGCUUUGUACGGGGUUUAUUUUUCUGAUAACCAAGAACCAGCCUUCUCUAACUACAGAUUGUGGGAAUCACUCGGUUUUGUGGUCGCAUAUGCCUACUCCAACUAUUUAUGUGUUCGAGUCAAGCUCAUUAUCCUUUUAAUAAUACUCAUCCUUGGUACCGUUAUGUACUUGGCUUCCGAAUUCGUUCAUCGGAAAUUUGUUCAGGAAAUUGCUCUUGAUACCGGGGAGGGCGAAGAGCACGCACUGCAACCACUCAAAUCUACUAACGUCCAAACGGAAAACACUCAUCUUAAAGAAAUCUAGUCUAUCGAUGAUGUUUUAUGCUUAAUGAAAACUGUGUAUAGGUUUGUUGGGUGCUUUCGUAAAAUAUUCACACAAGGCCGGGGUAGAUAUAGGGCAAUUUUUUUAUUAUCCUCCAUGAUGUUAAUGCAUAAAAAAACGAAAUGUAAUUACACGAAGUGUGAGGACAAUUUCUACUUUAUAUACUUUAGGGCGACAAGAUAUCCCGUGCAUAUAAUUAUAGUAUUUAGAGUGAGCUUGACGUGGAACAAAUUCCAAAGAAAACUGUUGACAAUCCCCCCCUCUCCCCCUGGAAUUGUGGAGGGGGGGACCAUACAUUUUUAGUUUUCAGCCCCACGAUUCUGUGCGGGAAAGUCCAAAACUGUUUUCCUUAAAAUCGAACCAAGGAAUAAACUGUAUAAAAAGCAAGUCAAUAAUUAAGACUUUAGAAAGCGUUUGUUUACAGCAAAAAUAAAGUUUUCUACCUA